AUGGCGAGCAUUCACAUCUUGCGACACGGGCAGUCCCUUCACAACGUUCACCGGGGUUACCCCCACCGAGAUCCCCCUCUCACUGACAUCGGGUCUCAACAAGCGAGCAAUGUGCGUCCACCAGCUGAGCCUGACCUUAUACUCGUGUCUCCUAUGACUCGUACCAUUCAAACGGCUCUCAUUGUUUUCAGCCGGCAUCUCAAGACAUCCCCCACCAAGGUCGAACUCCAGGUCUGGCCGGACCUGCGCGAAGCCCACGAUGCCGUCUGCAAUAGAGGGGUGUCGCGUGCCGAGAUGGCGGCCAAAUUUCCCCAGUUCGACCUUUCCGCCUGUCACGAAGAAUGGGACUAUCUGCCUCAUAGUUUUGAAGAUGCUGUAAUGCGUGCUGAGAGAGUUCGGCGCCGCCUCAAGGAUCUGUCUCGCUCUUACAAGAACAUCUUCUUAGUCACGCAUCGCGGCUUUAUAGCGUUCCUAGUCAAAGGCGAGAGGUUUGAUGUUUGCGAAAGCCGCUCAUACAGAUUUGCUGCUGAGAACGAAGUCAACGAGCAAAGGUAUGGUAUAAACAACGAUACGGGUGAAGAGCAAGAUUUUGGUCCAAACCUAUUAUUACCUAUUUAUACACCACCUAUGGGCAACGCCAAUAGCGAUGCAGAAGAGAUCUCAGCUCUCUAA